AUGCUCGAUUCCACCAUGUCAGAGCCUUUACCUAUCGCCAUAGACCCCGUGGCCCUGGUGACCACAGAAUGUAUCACCGUUACCUCGUCUAUGCGGAAGCAUGCCCGCUGGGCACACUCCUCUGUCUCCGCUAUCCUGGGCGGCAAUGGAGGCACCCGUGUAUACGAUCGCGAUUCCUCCGCGCCUCCGAGUCCGCGCAAAAGCCCACAAUCACCCCGCCAAGAUGAUGAUCAUGCCUUGGCCAAUCGAUGGGGCCUGCGAGGGAAGAAGGGGAAGAGCAUGCAGGAUAAUCCGUUGAUAUCGGCCUUUACCCGCCUGCGAAGUGAUCUCAAGGGCUGCAAAGACAUCCGCACUUUCGAUACCCCGGCUUUGCUUCAUCCUUUCUUGCAGGUCAUCCGCUCCUCUUCGACCUCCGCAGCCAUUACCUCCCUUGCCCUGGUUGCCGUGACCAAGUUCUUUUCCUACAACAUUGUCAACCGGGACUCACCUCGACUCCCGAUGGCAAUGCAGCUUCUUUCCGCCGCCAUUACACAUUGCCGAUUCGAAGCAAGCGACUCUUCUGCCGACGAGAUUGUGUUGCUAAGAAUCUUGAAGCUGAUGGAAGGCAUGCUCUCUCGACCAGAGGGGGAGCUGCUGGGGGACGAAAGCGUCUGUGAAAUGAUGGAAACAGGCCUCAGCAUGUGCUGCCAGAGUCGGCUGUCUGAGGUACUGCGCAGGUCUGCAGAGAUGGCCAUGGUCAACAUGUGCCAGGUCAUUUUCACACGGCUGUCACACCUCGACCAAAAUAUCCCGGCCGGACCAACUCCUUUCGCAGAUGAAAGUAUCAAGAAAGAUACUUCCAAUCUUAAGAUGGAUCCGUCUGUCAACGGUGACACAGUCGCUUCACAGCACAAGUCUGCUAUGAGCUCAGAUACAGCAACCGCGGAACGGGACAGUACCAGCACAGAGGGAGCUCCCGAGCAGACAGGCAAUGGGGGAGCAGCAGCCGCACCACCGAGCCCACAGACUGAUGAUGAAAGCGAAGAUAUACAGCCAUAUUCUUUGCCCUCCAUCAGGGAGCUUUUCCGGGUGUUAAUUGAUCUACUUGACCCCCAUAACCGGCAGCAUACCGACACGAUGAGAGUGAUGGCUCUGCGCAUCAUCGAUGUUGCUUUAGAAGUAGCUGGGCCUUCCAUCGCACGGCACCCAAGCUUGGCAGCAUUGGCUAAAGAUGAUCUCUGCCGUUACAUCUUCCAAUUGGUACGUUCCGAACAAUUGGCGAUUCUUGCUGGGUCUCUCAGGGUUGCCGGUACUCUGUUAUCGACAUGCCGACCUGUCUUAAAGCUUCAGCAGGAGCUUUACCUGUCAUACUUGGUGGCUUGUCUUCAUCCUCGUGUUGAGAUUCCCCGAGAACCCGGCAUUGACCCGUCCCUUUAUGAAGGCGUGCCGCAAACCCCCAAACUGGUUAAGCAACCGGCAUCCCAGACAAACAGCGGCAGAUCGACACCAGUUCCGGUCAAGGAUCGGCAGAAACUUGGGCUGGAAGGUGGUUCACGGAAACCAGAAGCCCGUGAAGCAAUGGUUGAAAGCAUCGGUGUAUUGUCGCGGAUUCCGAGCUUCAUGGUUGAACUUUUUGUAAAUUACGACUGUGAAGUCGAUCGAGCCGAUUUGUGUGAGGACAUGAUUGGCUUACUCUCGCGAAACGCAUUCCCCGACUCCGCAACAUGGAGCACCACAAACGUACCUCCGCUCUGCCUGGAUUCUCUCCUGGGGUACGUGCAAUUCAUUUACGACCGAUUGGAUGAUGUACCAUUACACGGAAACUACCCUCCACGAGAUCGCCUGCGAACUCAGCGGAAAACCAAAAAAAUUAUCAUCAAGGGAGCGCAAAUGUUCAACGAAAACCCGAAGGCGGGAAUUGCCUACCUAGCAGAGCAUGGAAUUAUUGAGGACCCGAGCAAUCCUGUACUGGUAGCUCGGUUCCUAAAGGGCACAAGUCGAUUGUCCAAGAAAGUCCUUGGAGAUUUCAUCUCAAAGCGUGACAAUGAAGCAUUGCUGGGCGCGUUCGUGGAUCUUCUCGACUUCUCAGGGAGAAACGUAGUGGAGGCACUCCGCGAGUUGCUGAGUUCCUUCCGUCUGCCGGGCGAGUCGCCGCUCAUUGAACGAAUCGUCACAACAUUUUCAGAGCAUUAUACCGAAAAGGCGCAGCCAGAAGGAAUUGCGGACAAGGAUGCCCUGUAUAUUCUGACUUAUGCCAUAAUCAUGCUGAACACGGAGCUUUAUAAUCCCAAUGUGAAGUCACAAAACCGCAUGUCGUUCCCUGCUUUCGCUAGGAACUUGCGCGGAGUCAACGGCGGCGGCGAUUUCACGGAGGAAUUCCUCCAGGAGAUCUACGAUUCUAUCAAGGAGAACGAGAUCAUUCUUCCUGAUGAGCAUGAGAACAAGCACGCCUUCGAUUACGCUUGGAAAGAGCUUCUUCUAAAGUCGUCAAACUCUAGCGAUAUGGUCGUGGGGGAGACCAACAUGCACGAUGCCGACAUGUUUGAGGCUACGUGGAAGCCAGUAGUGGCAACCCUAUCUUACGUUUUUAUGUCCGCAUCAGAUGAUGCAGUUUACUCUCGUGUUGUCAAUGGUUUCGACCAAUGCGCUCAAAUCGCAGCCCGGUAUGGCUUGACUGAGGCGUUCGACCGUAUUGUCUACUCUCUGGCAUCUAUCAGCACAUUGGCGACCAAUAAGCCUCCGAGUACUGCGCUUAACACUGAGGUGCAAGUAGGCAAAAAGAGUGUGAUGGUCAGUGAGCUGGCUGUAAAAUUCGGAAGGGACUUCCGAGCUCAAUUGGCUACUGUCGUUCUGUUUCGAGUUCUAUUGGGCAAUGAGUCUGCACCCAAGCAGGGCUGGGAGCAUGUUGUCAGGAUUCUCAGCAAUUUAUUUAUCAACUCCUUGAUCCCGCCCUUUGACUCUACGCUCACGGCCGAGCUUGACGUCUCUUCUAUUCCAUUACAACCCCCAUCGCAAGUGGUGGAUCGUGACAACCGUAGCAAUGACUCAGGGUUACUGUCUGCAUUCACGUCUUACCUGUCCAGUUAUGCAGCUGAUGAUCCUCCGGAGCCGUCAGACGAGGAACUUGACAACACCCUUUGCACAGUAGACUGCGUUACUGCAUGCUCGAUAUCCGAAAUAUUAGCCAAUUUCAAAACUCUCCCUCUGUCAUCUCUAGUGAAGCUUGUGGAGGCUUUGCUGUCGCAAUUGCCAGAGGACAAUGCACCUGCUGUCAUCGUUGUGAAGCCAGAACGGCCGAGUCCCGUAUCAAGGCCCACAAGUGCCAGAGUUGAUCCUAACCAGCCGAAAUAUGACCCCGCCAUGAUAUUCAAUUUAGAGUUGGCAACUGUGCUCACUCUUCGCGAUAAGGAAACCCUUGAGGCCCUGGGCGAAUCACUUGCGACUACCCUACAGACGCUAGUGCGCGAUGCCAAAAACCUUCAUCCGUUGACGGUAUCACGCAUCGUCUCUUAUCUGCUCAACCUCUUACGACUCAGCCAUGACGAGCAUUUCCUUCGAGUACCUGUUGUGCUCCACGCUAUCUCUGGAUAUGACCAAGAUAUCUUAGAAACUCUUGCUCUGCCAACGGUGAAAGGUCUUUCGCGAUGUCUCGCUCACCCCGGCCGUUUAAGAAACGAGAUCACGAUUUCUCCCGACUUCUGGUCUAUCCUUCAGAGAUUGAUUCAACACGAAGAGUCUGCCCCUAUGGUGUUUGAACUUCUCAAGGGCAUUGUGGAGUCCAUGCCUGAUAUUGUUACGGCCGACAAUUACAAGUUUACAAUCUCCCUUGCAAAUGACUUUGUCAGCGCGGCGCAUGUGGGGUCCAUUACCGAACGUCGGAGGGAUGGCCACAUCCGGAGAACUAAAAGUGUCAAGCAACCGAAGCCUACCGAAAAUCAAGUAGUCACCCGUGGUGUCAAGGCCAUUGGUCUAAUCUACCAUUUGACUGGUCGAGUUCCCACGCUCAUAAAACAGUCUCACCUUGAGCAACAUGAAGCCUGGGCUGCCUACUGGUAUCCGAUUCUCCAAACCCUCUCUGGCCAAUGUAUCAACCCAUGUCGUGAUAUUCGACACCAUGCAAUUUCCACUCUCCAACGAGCUCUUUUGUCUGCAGAGUUAAUCUCCGGUGACGACAAGGAAUGGGCCACUCUCUUCGAUGAGGUCCUUUUCCCACUCAUCUUGCGUUUGCUCAAGCCUGAGGUUUACCACUCCGAUCCUAUCGGUAUGAGCGAGACCCGAGUCCAAGCAGCGACAUUGGUCUGCAAGAUCUUCCUGCGCUACCUCGACCAGCUUCCUAACCGCGAGGGAAUGGUUCACCUUUGGCUCCAAAUCCUCGACAUCCUCGACCGCAUGAUGAACAGCGGCCAGGGCGAUAGCCUGGAAGAAGCCAUCCCUGAGAGCUUGAAGAAUAUUCUUCUGGUCAUGGCCGAUGGUGGUUACCUCGUGCCUCCAUCCCAGGACCCUAAAAAGGAGGAAAUGUGGCUGGAAACUCGCAAGCGUCUUGGAAGAUUUUUGCCUGAUCUGUUUGCUGAGAUUUUCCCUGAUGCUGGCAAGGAAGCUGAGAAAUCUCAACCUGGCUCUGGAGUUGCGUCUCCAGCCAAGCAGAGCCUGGACGCAACGAAGGACAACGAGGAUACUGCUGCCCCGGCAACAUCUGCAGUCGAACAGACAGUGGAGGCUGAAACUGGUGCCGACGAGAGCUAUGCCGCUCCCACUGAGGUUGCUUCAUCUGAAGAG